AAACAACCCGACCGAGAGCAAUCCAUUCAAUGGAAAGCUGUCCUCAAUUGAAAAUGCGAUUGAUUGACUGAGACUUGAAGGACUGAGAGUUUUCCAAAAUUAAAAAUAACUUCUUACUUACAUAUUCUCUCUGAAAUCACAUUGGAUGCUUUUGCCGGUGGCCUUUUUGAAAAAAGAAGCUCUUAUAUGAUCGAUCCUUCAUUCGUUUUUGCGUUCCUACACUCUAAUUGAAAAUUAUUCGAAUCAUCUACUUGAUUUAUGUAUUUCUGAAAGAUCCUCCAAACUCAAUUUCCCACGCCGCAAGGCUACUCCGCCCAACACAACAAUAAUACAACUUUUUACAACAUCCAGCGAAAAUGCCUGCGAAAUCUAGGUUUACAAGGCUAGAUGCCUUUACUAAAACGGUCGAUGAAGCAAGAGUGCGCACAACUUCAGGAGGAAUUGUAACGAUAGCUUCAUUGCUAAUCGUCUUGUAUCUGGCAUUUGGAGAAUGGGCGGAUUACAGGAGGAUAACAGUACAUCCUGAGCUUGUAGUUGACAAGGGAAGAGGUGAAAAGAUGGAAAUUCAUUUGAACAUUACUUUUCCAAAAAUUCCUUGCGAACUUCUCACGCUGGACGUAAUGGAUGUUUCCGGAGAACAGCAAGUUGGUGUUAUGCACGGAGUUAAGAAGGUUCGACUGGGUCCCCAAGAAGAAGGAGGUAAAGUCAUUGAUAUCAAAGCCUUGGAUCUCCAUAAUGCCGAAGAUUCAGCAACUCAUCUUGAUCCGAAUUACUGCGGUCCAUGUUACGGUGCUACCCCUCCUUCAAAUGCGCAAAAGCCAGGCUGCUGUAAUACAUGUGACGAAGUACGAGAAGCAUAUGCGUCAGUUUCAUGGGCUUUUGGCCGAGGAGAAAAUGUCGAACAAUGUGAGCGUGAACAUUAUGGCGAACGCUUGGAUUCGCAACGCAAAGAAGGAUGUCGCAUUGAAGGUGGUCUCCGGGUAAACAAGGUCAUUGGAAAUUUCCACAUUGCUCCUGGUCGCAGUUUUACCAACGGAAAUAUGCAUGUUCACGACCUCAACAAUUUCUUCGAUACACCUGUCCCCGGGGGUCACGUAUUUUCUCAUCAAAUCCAUUCUCUUAGAUUUGGACCAGAGCUUCCAGAAGAAGUUUUCAAGAAGUUGGGCUCAGAUUCUAUUAUCCCAUGGACCAAUCAUCACUUGAACCCUCUCGACAACACGGAACAAAUUACCCACGAGGCUGCUUACAACUUCAUGUACUUUGUAAAGGUUGUUUCAACUUCAUACCUUCCUCUUGGCUGGGAAACCAACUACAAUAGCAGACCACAUGACGCAAGCGUGGAUAUUGGAGCUUAUGGACAUUCUGAAGACGGAAGUGUUGAAACUCAUCAGUACUCUGUUACUAGCCAUCGCCGAAGUCUCAAUGGUGGUGAUGAUUCCGCUGAAGGCCACAAGGAAAAGUUACAUGCACGUGGUGGAAUCCCAGGUGUUUUCUUUUCAUAUGAUAUCUCACCCAUGAAGGUCAUCAAUAAGGAAGAGCGAACCAAGACAUUAGCAGGCUUCUUGACAGGUCUCUGUGCAAUUGUCGGAGGUACAUUAACCGUCGCGGCGGCCGUAGACCGUGGUGUAUAUGAAGGCGCCACUAGAUUAAGAAAGAUGCAAUCAAAGAAUCUGUAGUCGGAGAUCUGUGACUAUUUUUGCGUUCUUGGGAGCUGGGCAUCGGGUAUUGGAGUUUAGAGGGAUGGGAGAGAGGCUAUGUACAUUGAAUAUAGGCAAUUACUAUCUUUUUUACUUUUUUUUUUUGGA